AUGCAGUUGACAGAGCUCCUUGCUUCAGGAAGCUUCCUGCUCCUGCUCCUCGUCCCGUGCUCCGACAGCCGUAAGUAAACAACAAAGCCCACUAAGCUCUUUCUGGCGUUGUUGGCACUGCGUGGGGAUAGCCUUGUUGUUUAGCUUGCCAGCUAGUUCAUUGUUGUUGAAUAAUGUUAUUUUUGUCUGCUUAGCUGAUGCUUUUAAAUCUCAAGUCCAUGACUUUUUGUCAGUAAGUUAGGGGCUGGAUCAUUUUAGCAACUAAAAUGUAGUAAGGUAACUAAUGGGAAAUUCUGUUCAGUUUGAGUUUGAUUCUGUUCUGUGGCACACUGUGCUUGUGGUUAUUUUCAGUUUCCUUGUCCCCGGAAGAGGCUAACCAGUUCUUAAGGAGACACAGGAGAGCGAAUCACGUUUUCGAGGAGACGAAACAAGGGCACCUGGAGCGAGAGUGUGUGGAAGAGAAGUGUAGCAAAGAGGAGGCGAGAGAAGUAUUCGAGAACGACCCUGAAACAGUGAGUACACUACACACUUGAUCACUACACACUUGAUCAUGUCAAAUCAAAUAGCACUCAUUGCACUUCUUUCCAUUGCGUAUAAAAAACGGACUAGCUGCGCACAUUGGAUUUGUCUUGCCAUAAUAACAGAUCCUAUAGCCUACUUGUUUAUAACGUAAUGAUCCUGUGUUUUGUGUUCAAGCUCCAAAAAGUCAAUCACCAGAUAGAUACUACUAAUUACUGGCAAACAGUUACCAGUCCAAUCAAGUAGUGUGUGUAUCAGUGGAGGCUGCUGAGGGGAGGCCGGCUGAUGAUAAUGGCUAGAACAGAGCGAAUGCAAUGGCAUGUAUUUGAUACCAUUCCACUGAUUCCGCUCCAGCUACUACCGCGAGCCCGUCCUCCCCAAUUAAGCUGCCACCAACCCCCUGUGGUAUGUACACUGUACAACUAGACCUCCAAGAGUUGCUGAAUUUGAUGUUCACUUAAGUUUGCUCCUCAAUUCAUUGCACUUUGGUUUGAAAACGAGGUAGCGGUAGUGUUCCCGUUGUGUUCAACUAGCACAUUGGGCUGUGGGGAAACCAUGCCUGAUUAUGUAAAUGUUCAUACUACUGUAAGGUUUGUGACUAUGUUAAUGAUCCUGCUUCUGCGUGAUGGGAUCAUGCAUGGGAGUGAUUAUGUUAAUAUGUGGUGGACUGCUGUGUUUUUGAUUGGUCCUCGGAUCAAGUAAGUGCUUACAGUAAGCGGAUUGAACGUGACCAGGGGGAAUGUGUUUUUAAUCACAAAUGAAUUCCAGGCAGAGCAACAAUGCGCUCACACAAGCUUUAAGCCUGUCACACAGGGCUCCCAUCCCCUCAGGGAUAUAUAGAUUAGGUUUAGGUUCUGCCAGCUAGCUUCAUUAAUGUGUUGAUCAGCCUCCAGCAUCCAUUUGAAUAAUAAUUUUGUGUCCCAAAUGGCACCCUAUUCCUUAUAUAGUGCACUACUUUUGACCAGGGCCCAUGGGGGCGUCCAGUAUAAUUUUUCCUGGGUUGGUGCCGUUUGGGAAGUAGACAAUAUGUAGAUCAAAAUUAAGCCUGUUUAAUAUGCUAAUCUAGAAAUAUUGUCAAUUUAAGAAAAAAUGUUUUGUGAGGAAAGAGCUGGAGAGGAGGCGAUCUGGGGUGAGAGUGGAGAGAUGUGAAUCGGGGUGAGAGUGGAGAGAUGUGAAUCGGGGUGAGAGUGGAGAGAGAUGUGAAUCGGGGUGAGAGUGGAGAGAUGUGAAUCGGGGUGAGAGUGGAGAGAUGUGAAUCGGGGUGACAGUGGAGAGAUGUGAAUCGGGGUGACAGUGGAGAGAUGUGAAUCGGGGUGACAGUGGAGAGAUGUGAAUCGGGGUGACAGUGGAGAGAUGUGAAUCGGGGUGACAGUGGAGAGAUGUGAAUCGGGGUGACAGUGGAGAGAGGUGAAUCGGGGUGACAGUGGAGAGAGGUGAAACGGGGUAACAGUGGAGAGAUGUGAAUCGGGGUGACAGUGGAGAGAGGGAAAUCGGGGUGACAGUGGAGAGAGGUGAAUCGGGGUGACAGUGGAGAGAGGUGAAUCGGGGUGACAGUGGAGAGAGGUGAAUCGGGGUGAGAGUGGAGAGAUGUGAAUCGGGGUGAGAGUGGAGAGAGAUGUGAAUCGGGGUGAGAGUGGAGAGAUGUGAAUCGGGGUGAGAGUGGAGAGAUGUGAAUCGGGGUGAGAGUGGAGAGAUGUGAAUCGGGGUGACAGUGGAGAAUGUGAAUCGGGGUGACAGUGGAGAGAUGUGAAUCGGGGUGACAGUGGAGAGAUGUGAAUCGGGGUGACAGUGGAGAGAUGUGAAUCAGGGUGAGAGAGGUGAAUCAGGGUGAGAGUGGAGAGAGGUGAAUCAGGGUGAGAGUGGAGAGAGGUGAAUCGGGGUGACAGUGGAGAGAGGUGAAACGGGGUGAACAGUGGAGAGAUGUGAAUCGGGGUGACAGUGGAGAGAGGUAAAUCGGGGUGACAGUGGAGAGAUGUGAAUCAGGGUGACUGAAGAAUGACGGGUGACAGUGGAGAUGAUCGGGGUGACAGUGGAGAGAGGUGAAUCGGGGUGACAGUGGAGAGAGGUGAAUCGGGGUGAGAGAUGUGAAUCAGGGUGAGAGUGGAGAGAGGGUUUGGAAUAGGCUCAGAGAGAGAGAGAGGGUGUGUGUGUGUGUGUGUGUGUGUGUGUGUGUGUGCAUAUGAUGAGAGAGAGGGGGUGUGAACCCAGAAUCAGGAGAGGAGGAUGUGCGUGAUACAAGUGGUGGUGGGGGGGGGGGGGGUGUAUCGUGACAGGACUGCAGCCUCAUUCACAGAUCUAUUAUUCAUUUUAAACGUGCCUAUCUCUGACUCUGCAGUUUUCUCACAAUGCUGCAGUUCCCUGGCUCUGCAGAGGGAGUGUUCCUUCCUGGUUAACAUACCACUAACCUACAGUCUCCCUAGCAACCAAGAGUCUUCAACUGCAGCCUCAGUCUCUCUCUCCGCAGUAGUUGGAAAGUUUCUGCCUGGUCCCCCUCCCACUCUAUCUCUCUCUCUCUCUGCCGCUCUCUCUCUCUCUGUCUCUGUCUCUCUCUCUCUGCCUCUCUCUCUGCCUCUCCAUCCAUCUGCCUCUCUGCCUCUCUCCAUCUCUCUCUCCAUAUCUUUCUCUCUCCCUCUCUCUCUGCUUCUCUCCAUCCCCUCUCUCUCUCUCUCUCUCUCUCUCUCUCUCUCUCUCCUCUCUCUCUCUCUCUCUCUCUGUCUCUGUCUCUGUCUCUUCUCUGUCUCUCUCUUUCUCUCUCUCUCUUUCUCUUUCUGCCUCUCUCUCUCUCUCUCUGCUCUGCUCUCUCUCUCUGCUCGUCUUCCCUUCCUCUCUCUCUCCUCCCUCUCUCUCGCUUCCUUCCUCUCUCUCUCUCUCUCUCUCUCUCUCUGUCUCUCUCUCCAUCACUAGAAUGAGAUUAGACGUAUAAGGAUAGGAUAGUGUUAGAAGUGUCUCAGUAGAACUACACACGGUCAGGAAUCUCUUAUCUAUCUGCUGCCUUCCAUUUAAUGUACUCUUCUUCUUCUUCUUCCUCUUUCAGUGCAGCGGAACUCUCUGGAGAAUCAUGUCAUUGUCCCAUCAAGUCUUGUUCUAAUUUUAACUUUCCCCAGUUACCUCCAUAUAAUAUACUGCAGGCAGGCAGCCCGGUCCCCAGUUACCUCCAUAUACUAUACUGCAGGCAGGCAGCCCGGUCCCCAGUUACCUCCAUAUACUAUACUGCAGGCAGGCAGCCCGGUCCCCAGUUACCUCCAUAUACUAUACUGCAGGCAGGCAGCCCGGUCCCCAGUUACCUCCAUAUACUAUACUGCAGGCAGGCAGCCCGGUCCCCAGUUACCUCCAUAUACUAUACUGCAGGCAGGCAGCCCGGUCCCCAGUUACCUCCAUAUACUAUACUGCAGGCAGGCAGCCCGGUCCCCAGUUACCUCCAUAUACUAUACUGCAGGCAGGCAGCCCGGUCCCCAGUUACCUCCAUAUACUAUACUGCAGGCAGGCAGCCCGGUCCCCAGUUACCUCCAUAUACUAUACUGCAGGCAAGCAGCCCGGUCCCAGAACUGUUUGUGCUCUUGCCAAUUCUAUUGCUGUCAUGGUCAAACCAAACACAUGACAAUGAGUGACAAGGAGUUUGCAUGAUCCAGACUGCUACUCGGGCUAUUCUGCAGGAGAGAGAGUUGUGUAGAACAUUCCCAGGAAGCCCUGGAGGGGCUCCUAGGCUGUGUGGUCCCAUUAACAUGAGAUGACAUGAUGCAUGUCUAUCAUAAGACAUACAUGUAGUCUUAAUCUGUCAUGUUUGACCUCAGUAUUCAGCAUACUGUUAUCAAACAUCACUAACAGCCUCUCUCCUUCUGUUCCCCUCUCCUUCAGGACUACUUCUAUCCAAAGUACUUAGGUAAGUUUGGUUCAUGUUCCCAACCUCUUCAGCUUUGGGUGAAAUUGUUAUUACUUGAUUAGGUCAUUAGCAUCUGUUGUAUGGUGUUUAACUAUCUCAUGUCUCUGCCCUGUCUCUCUGUCUCUGCCCUGUCUCUCUUUCUCCUGUCUUUGCCCUGUAACUGUCUUCCUGUCUCUCUGUCUUACUGUCUCCCUGUCUCUUCCCUGUCUCUCUGUCUUACUGUCUCCUGUCUCUGCCCUGUCUCACUGUCUUUUCCCUGUCACUGUCUUCCUGUCUCUCCGCUGUCUCUGCGCUAACUCUGCCCUGUCUCUGUCCUGUCUCCCUGUCUAUGCCCUGUCUCUGUCUCCCCGUCUCUGCCCUGUCUCUCUGUCUCCCCGUCUCUGCCCUGUCUCUGCCCUGUCUCUUGCCUGUCUCUUCCCUGUCUCCUGUCUCUGCCGUGUGUCUGUCUUCCUGUCUUUGCCCUGUAUCUGUCUUCCUGUCUCUGUCUUACUGUUGCCCUGUAUCUGUCUUCCUGUCUCUGUCUUACUGUCUCCUGUCUCUGCCCUGUCUCGCUGUCUCCGUGUCUCUGACCUGUCUCUGUGUCUCUGCCCUGUCUCCGUGUCUCUGACCUGUCUCUGUCUCUGCCCUGUCUCUGUCUCCUGUCUCUGCGCUGUUGCUCUGUCUCCCUUUCUCUGCCCUCUCUGCCCUGUCUCUGUCUCCUCUCUGCCCUGUCUCCCUGUCUCUGUCUCCCUGUCUCUGUCUCCCUGUCUCUGCCCUGUCUCUCUGUCUUUGUCUCUGCCCUGUCUCUGCCUCUCUGUCUCUUCCCUGUCUCUCUGUUUCUGCCCUGUCUCUGUCUCCCUGUCUCUGUCUCCCUGUCUCUGCCCUGUCUCUCUGUCUUUGUCUCUGCCCUGUCUCUGCCUCUCUGUCUCUUCCCUGUCUCUCUGUUCUUCCCUGUCUCUGUCUCCCCUGUCUCUGUCCUUCUCUGCCCUGUCUCUCUGUUUCUGCCCUGUCUCUCUGUCUCUGCCCUGUCUCUCUGUCUCUGCCCUGUCUCCCUGACUCUGCCCUGUGGCUCUGUCUCCCUUUCUCUGUCCUGUCUCUCUGUCUCCUCUCUGCUCUGUCUCUCUGUCUCCCUUUCUCUGGCCUGUCUCUCUGUCUCCUCUCUGCUCUGUCUCUCUGUCUCUACCCUGUCUCGCUGUCAUACUGUCUCCGCCCUGUCUCUGUCUCCCUGUCUCCGCCCUGUCUCUGUCUCCCUGUCUCGGCCCUGUCUCUCUGUCUUACUGUCUCUACCCUGUCUCUCUGUCUUACUGUCUCUGCUCUGUCUUACUGUCUCUGCCCUGUCUCUCUCUUACUGUCUCUGCCCUGUCUUUCUGUCUUACUGUCUCUCUGUCUUACUGUCUCUGCCCUGUCUUACUGUCUCUGCCCGUUCUCUCUGUCUUACUGUCUCUCUGUCUUACUGUCUCUGUCUCUCUGUCUCCUGUCUCUGCCCUGUCUCCCUCUCUGACUAGCGUGCAUGGAGAAGUUUGGAGACACGGACAAGAAGAAACAAGACCUGAUCACCUGUGUUCACAGUGAGUUCCUCACCUGUCUGUCCUACUGACUAGGGCUCUGGACAGACACACUGACUGACGUACAGUAGAUUUGAGCAUGUAGCGCUCACUCUCUUUCUUUCUUUUUCUUUCUUUCUUUCACUCUCCUCCACUUUUAUAACACACCUCUUUCUAUCAUACUCUAUCUCAUUCACCCUCUCCCUCUCUCAUUCCCUCUCUGUGUGGUUUAUAAAUAGUGCCUAUGAGGAGCAGUGAGCACACAGUUCCAUCUGUUGGGCAGGGCGGGCUGCACUGCACCAGCUCACUAUUGCAGAACACUGAGAGAAAGUUCUCAUUAAAGGUGGAGAAGAUAAGAGGAGGAAUGACUGGAAGAAAGAAAGAAAGAGCAUUCUCGGGAGGGAGGGAGGGAGGGAGGGAGGGAGGGAGACGCGUGUGGAACUCUGCAGUAGCUAGCCUAGUGUGCGUGACACACCUCCUUCCAGCGUCACGCACUCUGUGACUGCAGAUCUGAGAUCAGUGACGUGAGCGAGCUGUGACGCCAGUGAGAGGAGGAGGAGGAGGGAGAGUAAAAGAGAGAAGGUGGAGAAUGGAUAGAGGUUUCUGCUGCAUCAGGGCUGCUGAGUCGAGGAGUGAGUGGGACUGCCGAUCCUGUCUGCUGAUUGGUUGAUGGAACUCUAGUCAGAGAGAGUCAGCCAGGGAGUUAUGACUCAGCAGUGCGUCCAGGACAGAGAACACCAUCAGCAGUAGGAGCUCUUAAAGGAGAAAGAACUGCAGGGAACUAUUAGGUUAGAUAUAACACUCCAGGAUAGAUAGAUGCUAAUGAGAGGGUGUGAGAGAGACAGGGGGGGGUGAGAGAGAGAGACAGGGGGGGGUGAGAGAGAGAGACGGGGGGGGGUGAGAGAGAGACAUCUGCAUUGCUUACUGUUUGGGGUUUUAGGCUAGGUUUCUGUAUGUAAAAAGGGCUUUCAAAAUUUUUGGGGAUUGAUUGACAGGUUGUGAGAGAGACACAGAGUGUGAGAGAGUGACGGAGUGUGAGAGAGAGACACAGAGUGUGAGAGAGAGACGGAGUGUGAGAGAGAGACACGGAGUGUGAGAGAGAGACACAGAGUGUGAGAGAGGACACGGAGUGGAGAGAGACACGGAGUGUGAGAGAGAGACACAGGAGUGUGAGAGAGAGACAGAGAGUGUGAGAGAGAGACGGAGUGUGAGAGAGAGACGGAGUGUGAGAGAGAGACGGAGUGUGAGAGCGAGACGGAGUGUGAGAGCGAGACGGAGUGUGAGAGCGAGACGGAGUGUGAGAGCGAGACGGAGUGUGAGAGCGAGACGGAGUGUGAGAGAGAGACGGAGUGUGAGAGAGAGACGGAGUGUGAGAGAGAGACGGAGUGUGAGAGAGAGACGGAGUGUGAGAGAGAGACGGAGUGUGAGAGAGAGACGGAGUGUGAGAGAGAGACGGAGUGUGAGAGAGAGACAGAGUGUGAGAGAGAGACACAGAGUGUGAGAGAGAGACGGAGUGUGGGAGCGACAGGGUGUGAGAGCGAGACAGAGGAGCUAUUUAUACUGUGAGUCCUCAGAGAUCCUGGGAGGGGAAAAGACCGUUCUCUCUUUUCUCAAUGCAGGCAUUUUAGGCUACGUCACAAAUGGCACCCUAUUCCCUAUAUAGUGCACUACUUUUGACCAGGGCAUUUAUCAAUGGCAUCACAGGGGGCAUUAUAUAGUAACAUAGCGCUAUGUACCUGCCUGGAACAGCCUGGCUAAAGCACUUCACAUCUAUGACUUGCUGUACUGUAGGAUGUUAUUUCUCUGGUACGAUGACCUCUAAUGCUCUCUUUCUUUCUAUCUCCCUUCACCCACCUCCUCUCUCCCUUCCCCACCCUCUCUCUCCCUUCCCCACCCUCUCUCUCUCUCCCUCCCACCUCUCUCUCUCUCCUUCCCCACCCUCUCUCUUCCCUCUCCCUCCUCUCUCUCCCUCCCCACCAAUCCUCUCUCCUCUCUCUCUCUCUUCCCCUCUCUUCCCUCUCUCUCAUCCCUUUUCUCCUCCCUCACACCCCUCCGCCCCCCCCGCGCUCUCUCUCUCCGGUCUCCACUCCCACCCCUCUCUCUCCCCUCGCUCUCCUACCUCUCUCAACUCAGCUCCUCCCCUCUCGCGGCCUCCUCUCCUCUCUCUCUCCCCACCACUCCUCUCCUUCCCCCCCCCCCUCUCUCACGACCUCUGCGCUUCCCCACCCUCUUUCUCUCCCCUUCCCGCACACCUCUCGUCUCUCACUCUCCCCCCAACCGUCCUCCUCUCUCUCUCCCUUCCCCACCCCCUCUCUCAGAUAUUCCAGACCAGUGCUCUCCGUCUCCCUGUAAUCCUCGAGGUAUGGUGCGCUGUGAGGACAGAAAGGGUGACUUCCUCUGCCACUGCUUCACUGGCUGGACAGGAGUCAGGUGUGAGAAAGGUAGUGUCACAUGGUCUUCAGAAACACUGCUGCAAACACAAUGGGCUUGUUCCACAGUGCAGCCCACUGACUGAUCUACAAAUCACCUUGCAUCAUAAAUAACUACUCGUUACUAGUUGUAGAUCAGUCAGUCACAAUUGACCCACAAUACAUCCCAGAUUUGAUGCUCUGGAAUACGGCCAGUGUAUUGGAUACAUAGAGCCUGGAGCCUGUAGACUUGGCCAGGAAGAAGGACUAGUGUGUUGUUGUUUGUGUCAGUGAGGCCAACUUGCCACACAUACAAAAAGAGAGAGACAGAGGUGGGGACAGAGAGGAUUUUUUUGCAGUGUCACACUGUGUCGUCUCCAGCGCGUGACAAUGACCGGUACAGGGUGAGUCCUGUCUGUCUGUCUGACCUUGACUUGGACAGACAGUGACUAAGCUAUCUCCAUCCACACAGACACACACACACCGUCCAGCGCUGUCCGCCGUCCCCGGAGUGGCGCUGGGUUGUGAUUGGGCAUGCUCUGUGUGAGUUGCGUUGUUGUUGCUAUAUGUCGGUCGGGUCAGUAUGAACUGGAUGUGUAGGAAGUGACCCGGUCACAUGUAGAGCAGGCUGGGAAAUCACAUGACCCUGCGAAGAGAAGGUCAGCGCUGGGCUGGUUACAUGUCUGUACAGAGGGAGGGGGAAAGAGAGAGAGAGAGAGAGGGCUGGUUACAUGUCUUUACAGAGAGAGAGAGGGAGGGCUGGUUACAUGUCUUUACAGAGAGCGAGAGGGCUGGUUACAUGUCUUUACCGAAGGAGCCGGAGAGAGAGGGGGCUGGUUACAUGUCUUUACAGAGAGAGGAGAGAGAGGGCUGGUUACAUGUCUUUACAGAGAGAGAGAGAGGGCUGGUUACAUGUCUUUACAGAGGGAGGGGGAGAGAGAGAGGGCUGGUUACAUGUCUUUACAGAGGGAGGGGGAGAGAGAGAGGGCUGGUUACAUGUUUUUAAAAGAGGGAGGGGGAGAGAAGAGGGCUGGUUACAUGUCUUUACAGAGGGGGGAGGGAGAGAGAGGGCUGGUUACAUGUCUUUACAGAGGGAGGGGGAGGAGAGGAGGGCUGGUUACAUGUCUUUACAGAGGGAGUAGGAGAGAGAGAGGGCUGGUUACAUGUCUUUACAGAGGGAGGGGAGAGAGAGAGGGCUGGUUACAUGUCUUUACAGAGAGGGAGAGGGAGGGCUGGUUACAUGUCUUAACAGAGGGAGGGGGAGAGGAGAGGGCUGGUUACAUGUCUUUACAGAGGGAGGGGGAGAGAGAGGGCUGGUUACAUGUCUUUACAGAGGGAGGGGGAGAGAGAGAGGGCUGGUUACAUGUCUUUACAGAGGGAGUGGGAGAGAGAGAGGGCUGGUUACAUGUCUUUACAGAGGGAGGGGGAGAGAGAGAGGGCUGGUUACAUGUCUUUACAGAGGGAGUAGGAGAGAGAGAGGGCUGGUUACAUGUCUUAACAGAGGGAGGGGGGAGAGAGAGAGGGCUGGUUACAUGUCUUUACAGAGGGAGUAGGAGAGAGAGAGGGCUGGUUACAUGUCUUUACAGAGGGAGGGGGGAGAGAGAGAGGGCUGGUUACAUGUCUUUACAGAGAGGGAGAGGGAGAGGGCUGGUUACAUGUCUUUACAGAGAGGGAGAGAGAGAGGGCUGGUUACAUGUCUUUACAGAGGGAGGGGGAGAGAGAGAAAACAGUGGUAGAGAGGGAGAAGUUCUAUUAUUCCUGUCUGUGUAAAUGCCUCCAGUAGUUCUGCUGCCUCCCUCACACUGCUGCUGUCUGUUUCCCAAAUGGCACCCUAUUCCUGAUUUAUAGUACACUACUUUUGACCAGAACGCUAUGGGAAUAGGAUACCAUUUGGAAUGCAGAGUCUAUCUCUCACGUUUCCGUGGUGACUCAUCCUGCCACCUAAUUGUUGGUCGGCGGGGGAAGCCAAAACACAACGUGCCUGACUGACUGACUCUGAGGCGGAGGCUUUUCCACUGGCCGACCACAAGCACACAGAAACCAUUCAGCUCAUCAGACCAGUCACUCAGUGGUAAUCGGUCCAAAUAAGUGGCAUUUCUCUAAAUAUAAACCGCUGGAAAAGAGACAGGUGUGAUUUAUUUAGUUAAAAAGACAAACUUUCCUUGUGUACAAACUUUCAUUGACGUGUAUAAACGUUUCGAUCAUGAUUCACAUUGAAGUGCAACACUUAGCUAUGUUCAAUGUAGUUGACGGAUGAAGUGAUUGGUUCAUAUUUUCACAUGUCCUCUGUGUCUCUCCUGUGAUUGGCAGAUAUCAACGAGUGCAACAAGAGGAAUGGAGAAUGUCAACAUGAUUGUAACAACACUAUGGGUAGCUACCGCUGCUCCUGUCGCCACGGUUACACGCUGGUCGGACGCCAUAUGUGUAACGGUAAGACACACACACACACACACACACACACACACACACACACACACACACACACACACACACACACACACACACACACACACACCUUACCUGAAGGAUGUAUUGAACUGUCCUCACUGUGUGUGUUUCAGAUGUGGAUGAGUGCCAGGACCCAGGUAUGUGUGGGACAGCGAGGUGUGUGAACCAGGAUGGAACCUAUGACUGUCUGUGUGAGACAGGAUACGUUUACGACAACGACACCAAGACCUGCCUA